AUGGCUGCUUGGAACUCCACACUCUGGGCCUGUUCUGCUCCCCUGACCUGUCUUGCUUCCUGGACCCCAUCUCCUUCUGGAUGGACAACAUCAGAGAUCCUAGGGUUGCUGAGCCUCCAAGUACUGCAUGAAGAAACAAGUGGCUGCAAGGAGGAAGUUAAACCCUUCUCAGGCACCACCCUAUCCAGGAAACCACUCCCCAAGAGGAAGAACAUGUGGAACUUCCUGAAAUGCGCCUACAUGGUGAUGACCUACCUCUUCGUAUCCUACAACAAAGGGGACUGGUGUUACUGCCACUACUGUAACUCGGAACUGGACAUCAGGAAUGAUCCCUGCUGUUCUUUCUAGUGAGCCUGCUCCAUCUCAGCUCAGCCUUCACAAGGCCUCCAUCUCCCAGGCAUUAACCUCUGAAGAAAGCUCUCUGUCCCCUGGACCGCCUGUGUGGAGGGUAAUGAACUGGGUCCUUUAAGGAAUGGCACCCGGGUGCCCAGAGGCAUGGCCAGAAGGUGUCUGUGGGGGCCAUGCCUUGGGAGGAGGCACCCAGAGCGGCUGAGAGUGCAACUGCAGGGGUUUCCCCUAAAAUCUCUCCUCCAGAUCAUUCUCAAACUUUCCCCACUACUUCCAUAAUAAAAUGUAUACUUGUUGAA